UGGAGUUUGACUUAUCCUGAACCGAGAUGGAGACAAAGGACGAUAGCAUGGCCCAACGUUGCGGCGUCUGUGGACACGACCACGAACAAGUACGUCGCAGAAGUUGGGGCGGAAUAGAAAGCAGAGAUCACGAGCUGCAUUUCGAGGGGUUGAACGCUGGAUUUUGAUGCGAACUCGUGGCUAAACUGUGGGGUUUCUGCUUGAUACAGGGCGUCAAGUGCCCCAUUUGCGGUCACACCGGCAAAAGCCGCACGUACAGGUGCUUCAAGAUGGCGUUUACGGCGUUUGAGUUUACGGUGCAGCGGUUCGACUGCCAGGGGCAGGACGAGUCUGUCGCUGGCACAGUUGCAGCUCUGGAGCGCGCUAAUCUGGCAUUGUGGACAUUUAUCAAGAUCUUGAGGGAGAGAAUCUUCCCCAAUAUGGCCAAAGUUCUUCCGGACGACCCAAUGUCGCGGCAUUUGGUUUCGUUUGUUGGCGAUGGACCUAUGGGUGUCGCACGAUGGAGGCCUGCCUCGGAGGAGAACGGUAGCCAAGUGGCCAUUAUCGAGCAUUUCGGUAUCGUGGAGCCCAAGCGGCGGCAGGGAUAUGCAAGGAGGUUCCUCCGCGCAGUCGUCGAGGACAUUGAGGCUAUCUACGCGAACCAGCCUACACAUCCGGAAGCUCUAGUCGCAUAUGUGCCGCAAAACAACUCGUUCGCGGCGAUGAAGUUGUUCCAGUCGGUUGGAUUCCAGCCGGCGUCGCAGGUUGAGGUAGUGGAGGACAGUUCGUUCCUGCGAAUGCGGAUGGCGUGGGGCUGCUGCCGUACUUAGAGGCUGAGAAUUUACGGAUGUCUGCCUACCUCUGUUGCAAAUCAGCGAUCAGAGCGUGCUGUAGUGAUAGCGGAAGGUGAACGAAGAAAUGGAGUAGCUGUUGCAGUUGCCACUGGGCAGCUGUAGUACUUGUUAUGCGAGUCCGAAUAAUGUAUCACGAGUUGAAGAGUGCGUGCUGAGAUGAACGCCAUAUCCCUGCCGUGUAUAUCGAUUCCUCUUAUUUUUCUUUUCAACAUAUUCCAGCUUUAAGAAAAAUAAGAUGAUCCGAUACACGAAUGAAGACUG